UGUAUUUUUUUAAAAGUUCGUUGUUUUGAAGAAAAGAAAGCUGAUGUUUUAGUCGGAUUUAAUCAUGGUUUGUAAAUCGCUGGCGGACUUUUUUGAAUCAGCAAACGAGUAAAGAAAUGAUUUGUAAAGGAUAUUUAUCCACGUGGUAUUUGGCAUUGGAAGAUUUUUGAACGGAUGGGGAUCGACCAGAUAUUAUUCGGAAAACCAAAAUAUAAAACGUUUCGUGAUGAGUGGAGAUGGCCAGAAUACUCACGAAAAUGGCAUGGCUAAUGAAGGCAAAGACAACUUCUCCCCUAAAGUUUACAGGAAAGAUGCUGAGAACGAUCGUACUGAAAAGGAAAUGGAAAAAGAACGUGGUACGGAUGGCGAUGACAGCAACGGUGAACGAAAUACACCAUCUACCCUUAGUGGGAUUGUACAGGGUUUAUUAGGAUGUCUUAGGCCAGUUUGGAAGCUCAUUGGUAAAACACACAAAAACGAAAAUGUUGACGACUGGAUUAUUCCAUUUGAAGAUAUUCGCGAGCUUCAGUGGCUUGGUUCAGGCGCUCAAGGAGCUGUUUUCUUAGGGGUAUAUGGCGUCGAACAAGUCGCAGUGAAAAAGGUUCGACAUGAGAAGGACACAGAGAUCAAGCAUCUGCGUGAUCUAAACCAUCCAAAUGUUGUUCGUUUUAGGGGUGUGUGUAACCAACCUCCAGUGUAUUGUAUAGUAAUGGAGUAUUGCCCUCAUGGUCAACUUUUUGAAGUAUUACGUGAUGGUCGUGAGAUUACACCCAACUUGUUGGUUCGUUGGGCCACUCAGAUUGCAGAUGGCAUGCAUUACUUACAUGGGUUGAAAAUAAUUCACAGGGACUUGAAAUCGCCUAAUGUUCUUGUGACCUCCAAUGACAGUCUCAAGAUAUCUGACUUUGGCACAUGUAAAGAGUUCAAUGAUAAAAGUGCAAAGAUGACUUUUGCUGGUACUGUGGCUUGGAUGGCACCAGAAGUCAUUAGAAAUGAGCCUUGCUCUGAGAAAGUGGACAUCUGGUCUUUUGGAGUUCUUUUAUGGGAGUUAUUGACUGGUGAAUUACCAUAUAAGGGUGUUGAUUCAUCUGCUAUUAUAUGGGGUGUGGGCAGCAAUAACCUUCAGCUACCAGUACCUUCAACAUGUCCGGAUGGAAUCCAACUUCUUAUGAAACUUUGCUGGAAAAGUAAGCCUAAAAAUCGUCCGUCAUUUCGUCAAGUGUUGAUGCACAUUGAAAUUGCAGCUGCAGAUGUCUUGAAUACACCAGCAGAUUUCUUCUUAAACCAACAAAUAUCUUGGCGAUCAGAAAUCAGUGUUGAGUUCGAGAAGAUGAGAAACGAAAGUGCAAAUUUACAAAAUCUUCACCAGUUACAGCGGCUCGAUGAUGAACUAAUACAAAGACGAAAGGAAGAACUCAAACAUGCACGCGAUAUCAGAAUGCAUUAUGAAGAAAAGCUUGAAAGAGCAAACAGCCUUUACCGGGAAUUGAACACGUGUAUGGAGCAACUAGAGUUAAGAGAAAAGGAGCUUAUGAGGCGGGAACACCGGCUCAAUGUGUACACUGGGAAACCAAAGAAAAAUGUAUUGAAACCAGAAUUGAGGGAAAAAGCGACUGUGGUUGAACGAAUGCUGUCACAUCAAAAAAUAAGUAGGAAUGAUACUUCUAGCUGUCCCAAUUCAUCAAGUAGCUCUAGCAGUCCCCCAAAAAACGUAACAUUAUAUUGCCAUAACAUUGACGGAGAGCCAAAGGAGAUGGAAGAUACCUCUCGCAACCGYCCUUUAAAAAAGUGUAGGAGUUACAGCAAAUCAAAGCGGCCGAGGCGACGGCAAGGAUCUUAUUCAAGCGCUGAUCGAAGUCCAGUAACAAAAAGAAGUCCAGUGUGUUCUGAAUCCAAAAUCUGUCUUGACGAACAAAAUAUGAACAUUGAAAACGGAUGCCAURUUAAUCCAUUAUGUAAUGGUCACUGUGAGGUUCAAAAAUGUACACAUUUAACAAAGUCUUGUAGUCCGGUAUCUCAUCCUCGAGAUAUUCCUGGCUCUAGAACUACUAAUGAUUCUUUCAAUGAAAGAAGGUCUGUUAAUUCUAGYGAUAGUGGACCUCAUCCAGCUAGCAGCUGCGAAUCUGAUGAAGAUCAAGCCAAAAAGGAAUCAGUUCCAAAUGAUUGGCAUGCUAGUGCAAGAACAUAUAACAAUAAUCAAAAUCUUUCAAAAAGUACACAAGAUGGUCAAAACGAAACUUGUUUGUCCGCCAGUUCUGAGGAUGGCUGUGACAGUUGGGAUAUAGACGCUGAUUUAGCUCAUAAUGUCCUGCAUGAAUCCUUCGAGUUCUGGGGGCACGAGGGCUGUAUACGACGAAUCGUCGAACGGUCUACGAGGCCGGCGUCAAUGGAGCAUUACGAGAGCUGUGAAGAUGAAACAAUUUCACCAAGGAAGAGGCACAAAUCUGGCUCUGUUCAACAUGAUAACCAGUAAUGUUCUAGGAUGAUAUAGUCUCCCMCACAGCCGCUUUCAGUGUCGUCACGACACUGAAAGCGGCUGUGGGGGAGACUAAGGAUGAUAUGGAUUAACAUUAAAUAGCUAGCUUUAUUUUAAUAAAUUUCCRUGGACAAGCACGAUUGUGCUGUCUACGAUCGGUAACCAAUUUUGUACAUCGCUCGGGUCCGGUAUGAGACUGAACAGGAGGGUGACGGUUGCCUAUAACAAAUAGCAAAUACCAUAGCCAGCGUCUCCUGAUUAUCUGAUUUUAAAUAGAUACUUUUGACCAUUCUCGAAGGAAUACCCUAGAAAUAAUAUCGAGUCCAUUACAUGGAAAUCUGUUACUUAUGAAGCACUUAUUACAUGAAGGAAAAACGAUACCCAUGACCAACCUUUUUAAAAAGACAAAAAAAAGGUCCAACAUUUCUAGUUUUUAUAGCUUGCGUCUUGGUUUAGCUUAACAAAAGCUUUUUUUUGUUGGCUUCUUUGGUUAUAAUAUCAAUCGGCCAUGAAAGAUUCCGGCAGAGUGCGGAAAACAUCAUUGUUUCUAAGGCACGGGGUGGAUUUCCUGUGGAAAAUGUGACUUGAGUUUGAUGGUCACAGUGUCUGGCUAUACAAGGGUCGCCAACCAUGGCCCAAAGAAGUUUUAUUCGCGGUCCUGCGAAGGCCGAGACAACUGGCAAAGGAUAUGGUGUAUGGAUCAUCCACUCAUAUAGUAAUUAUUCACAUAUUUAUUUAAAGCAAAAAGACACUACGGAUAUUUUAAUUCCAUUCUUUUAUUCCAUUUAGAAAUCUUUUGACUAUUAGCUUACAUUUGCUAUCAGUUCUAUGUGAGAGUUGACAUUAUGGCAGGUAUUUUGUUUUAUGUUGUCUUCUGUUGCUGUUUUUCUUCAAGAAUCAUUUUAAUUCAUGCGAAAUGCUUUUGGUAUUCUGGGCAAUCUGCACACAACUAAACUAAAAUACCUGUCUUACUGAAAGAGUCAACUCAAGCCAUAAGUUGGUGCUCUAAUAUAUUUGACUUGUAGAUCCCAAGGCAAGGAUAAGGUCUUUGGACGAUCAGCGUAACAGCACUUUUCUUCCUAAGAUUAGAGGCAGGUCCUUUGACAAGUGCAUAUAUAGUUAUUUGAAUCACAUGUAGUUAUUUGCAAGUAUUUUAGUGUAUAUAUAAUUAUUUGAAGUAUUUAACGUAAGAAAAAAUACCGUUACAUUAAAUGGAAAUAAAUCUA